UUCUAACAUUGGCAACCCUGAGCUUGCCAGCAGAAGCACUUGGUUUUCUUCUACAAAUAUUUGGGCCGCAAAUAUUCGGAACUUUUUUUUCUUUUCUCUUUGUGAAAAUGCCAUCAGUUUUAUUAACGGAUUCUAUUUCCUUUGAGCUUGGUGCUUUGGAACCUUGGCCUUCUGAUGUUAAACUUUAUCAGCCAUAUGAAGUUGAACAAAUUCUUCUACAAGAUCAAGCUAAUUCCCUUGCUGUCCAAGUUUUUCUCCGAAUGUGUGGACUAGAAUUUCAGGUUGAAAUGAGAAGCAAUGCAGAACAUAUGUCACCAUCUGGUAAAUUGCCUUUCAUCAAAUGUGGUGCCUUUGUAGUAGCAGAUCUUGAUCCUGUUGUCAGUUUUGUGGCUAACAAGGGUAUCAAUCUAACUGAUCAUUUGGAUGCUGCUCAAAAAGCUGACAUGAGGGCCUAUAUGUCAUUAGCAAACAACAUAUUGGGCAAUGCAGAAUUAUAUAUCAGUUGGUGUGAUGAAACAGUCUUGAAUGAAGUCACUUGUCCUCGAUAUGGUUCUGUUUAUUCUUGGCCUUUGAACACACUGCUGACAUGGAGGAAACAGAAACAGGUCACAAAAAAAUUAACAGCUCUAGGAUGGAUUACAAAAACACUUGAUGAAGUUUAUGAAGAUGUCGAUCAUUGCUGUAAUGCCCUUAGUGAGCGCCUAGGAAAUCACCUCUAUUUCUUUAAUGAUAGAUGCACGGAAUUAGAUGCUGUUGUCUUCGGUCAUGUCUUCACCCUGUUGACUACACCCUUGCCUGAUAAUCGUCUAGCAUCCAUCGUACGUUCCUACCCCAAUCUGGUCGAGGCUUGUCAGUUCCUCGAGAAGACUUUCUUCCAGAAACCAACUGCGAAAACAACGGACGAUGAUGGCGACAAUUUCAACUAAGUUUUCUAUGGUACCAAGAAAAAAAAAAAAUAACUACGAUUACAGCCCAGCAACUUUGGCGUUUCACUAAUGUUAUUUAGCAGUAUCGUAUUAAAGAAUCUAUAAAGUGAAAUUACACAAACUGUUGUCAGAAAAAAUAAAUAAAGUAGAAAACGCA